AUGUCACCACAAAGUGUUUACACUGGUGUUUUCACAAAUACUACUUUGACCACUCCAGUUCCAACCAAUUUGUCUGGUAGUGUCCAAUUGAUUUUUGCUCCAAAUCCGCUUGACUCUGAUUCUGUCGCCAACGUUACUUUGCUUUUCAUUGUAGAAGGUAUUAUUCCAAACACUCCAUUGAAUAGAAUUGAGAUUCAUUCAAAAGCCAAUGUCAACAGUGAUGGUCCUCUCUUGAGAAGAUCAUACCCACUUGGUCUUAACGUUGGAAGCACUUUUGUUGGUAACCAGCUUUACUAUAUGUCUCAGAUUGAUGGUCAAGCAUGGUAUAACGCUCUCCAAACCUCAACACCAACCAAUGGAGUUUACAUGAUCGUUCAAUACCAACAAGUUUGGCAGUUACGUGCCCAGCUUACAUAUUCACAUUGUCUACCCGAACCAACUCCCACUCCAUCGCCAACUGAAACACCAGCAACCACCACUGGUUGUUCAAACUCUUGCACCUCUGCUUAA